AUGGCGCCACCAAAGACACGCAAGAGAAAGUCUGAUCAGAACAUCUCAGGGACAUCAACAUCAGAAGACAAGCGCAAGCUGCCCGUGAGGGCCAAGGAUGGCGAAUCUGAAAACGUGAAGCCGUCAGCAGAGCCACAGGGCACGAAAGUGGUUUUUGGAGACGACGACGAUGAGGCUGUAGCGCCCGCGCCCGUGGCAGCCUCAAAACCUGCUGCACCUGUGAAGGAGGAGGAGAGUGAUGAAGACAGUGACGAUGAGGCGCCCGAGGCAGUGUCAACUUCCAAGGUGGCGUCUGACAUCAAGAAGUCCAAACAAGCUGCCCAGAAAGCUGCCCAAGAGCAAGCCGCUGCACAGAAGCGCAAGCGUCGGGAGAAGGAUGAUUUCUUCAAGCAGCAAGCUGAAGAGCGCAAGAAGCUGGAGGAGCAAGAGAAGGCUGAGCAAGAGGCUUCUUCUGAGGAUGAGGAGCCUGCCGAGUCACUCAUUCAACGCUCAAGGACAGAAAGAGCACCCAACCUGUUGCCGGCCGAGUUCUUGACAGACUCGUCAAGCGAGGACGAAGAAGACCAGGACAACGACCGCAUGGAUGAGCGCCCAAGGAAACGCCGAGUCGCCACGGUGGAGAGAAGUCUUGCUCGUCAAGAUCGGGGACCAAGAGAUGAGCUUGUGGGCUCGACGGUGUACCGCGUGGCCAAGACGGCGGAUGAGAGGAUGACACCCAAGUUGAAGAAGCACACAAAGAGCUCCAAGGACCUGCUCCUCAAGAGGAAUCGGGGUGCCGCAAAGCCACGCUCUGGUUUCUUCGUCAAGUAG